GAUACGGGACGGACGUGCGUGCGUUUAUUGCGCCGAGUUGUGGUCGCGCGAGACUCGCGGUAUCGUGUUUUUUCCUCUCUUCCUUCUACGUGAAAAGGGUCAGGUAGCUACAGUGAGAGAAGGUUCGCGAAAUUUAACGGUUGAUCAUCGAAUAAGCUCGCACCGAGCGAUAUUCUCAUCGCCGUCAGUCCUCCGCCGUCGGUUCCCGUUUCUUUUCCAUGCGUCGUCCGAGCACGCGGUCGAGCACGCGCCGAUCCGAGAUGCGCUACCAGGUAUUUAUGUAGUACCGACCAUCGCCGCCUUCGAGCAUCGUACACCCGCCACCCUCGGCGUCCCCCAUCACAUCAGAGGCCGAAACGGAGGAAACAACCCCCCCCCCUCCCUCCCCCAGCAUCCCCGAGGAAGGCAACGUCGUUGUCGUCGUCGAGCAGCGAGGGUGAGAAGGUGUGAGAGAGGAGCAAGUGAAGAAGGAGUGAUUCCGAUCGGAAACGGAAGUGGAAUCGCUGCGACGGCGAUGGAUCAGAAACGCGUGUACAAGUUAGUGCUAACUGGAGUGCAGGGAUCGUAAAUUCCGUUAGAUCGAAAAUUUUGCAAAGGAGAUACCAACUCAGUUCAUCUCGCCAUUCGUGCUGCUGUAACACCGCGCCGCACUGUCUCUUACUAUUCCCCUUGCAACGUUUUGCAACGUUCGUUAUCGUAGCCACACGCGGAUGUCGAUCGAUUCCACGCGCCACGCAGGGACACGCGGUCACAACUGUACCGGGUGACCUGAGAGAAGAGUCCCGCCGAGAACGAAGCUCCGUCCGCAUAAAUUUUAAUCCAUUGACCAUGUGGUGGCAAAACAACUGGACAGACCAGGCUGUGCACCUUCUUCGAGAAUAUGGGCUGGAAGGUGUUCCGUGUCCCCGAGACAGCGACCGUGCUGCUCAGUGGCGGCAUCAAGUUUUCAGACCUGAACGCGGAGGAGGCAUUCAAAUUUCAGGAAAAUCUUUUGCGCACGAUGAUACAAAUCGAGAAUACUUUCUUUCAACUGGGUGAGAGUUGUUCGAGGAAUUGCCUGAUCAUCUGUGAUCGCGGUGCAAUGGAUGCCUCCGCCUUCAUUUCAAAAGAUAAAUGGGAGCUUAUGAUGGCAUCAAACGGAUGGAACAACGUCGAACUAAGAGACAACAGGUAUAACCAAAUCAUCCACAUGGUUUCGGCCGCAAACGGCGCCGAGGAAUUCUACUCCACAGAGGAACACGCGUGUCGCUCCGAAGGUGUCGAACUUGCUCGCGAACUCGAUUACAAAGCUGCAGCUGCCUGGGUCGGUCAUCCAUACUUUGAUGUCAUCGAUAACUCGCAGGAUUUCGAGUCAAAAAUCUGCCGGAUGAUCGAAUGUGUCUGCCAGAAACUGGGCAUCGACACCGGUGACCGGUUACGCGCCAGCAGCCGCAAGGUCAAGUUCCUCGUGACAGCGCCACUGCCGGUGGAUAGCGAGUUCCCGCCUUUUCAGGAUUUCGAUGUCGUGCAUAAUUACCUCCAGAGCAACAAUCCCAAGAUGCAGGCCCGUUUACGCAAGCGCGGUCAGAAAGGUCACUGGUCAUACAUUCACACAAUUCGUCGACCAAAAAUAUGCGGCCAAGUAAUCGAGGUGAAGACCCAGCUGACGCAUCGAGACUACCUGAAUAUGUUGGCCCAGCGCGAUGACUCGCAUUUCACUAUCUUCAAACGUCGUCGUUGCUUUCUAAUCAACAAUCAGUAUUUUCAAUUAGACAUAUACAGAGAACCGGCGCAUCCCAGAUGUCGAGGCUUAAUGUUACUCGAAACGUACACAGCGUUGACAGCUGAUAAGUUGAAAAACAUUUUGCCUCAAUUCCUCAUAAUCGAGAAGGAAGUCACCGGUAAUCCAGACUACAGCAUGUUCAACCUCAGCUUACUCGAAGAAUGGAACAGUACUAAUAAAUACUGCCAUAACUUGCAUGGCACUAUGCAAUUGGCAGACAAUCAAGAUAUCCCGAUUUCGAAGAGUCUAACGACCAUGAUACAAAGCAACGGAAUCGAUUGCAAAGCUGGUAGCACAUUGAGUCCGAUUAUAAACUGUUAUCAACAGACGAUCGUUAACAAGAGCGUCAAUGGCGCCCGAAAUGGUUUGACCAACGGUAAGGCGACGUUUGCCGAGCGAUGUAACAUAAAUGGCGAUGGCCAAGAACCAGAAAUUCGCAAUGGCGAUUCAACCAUGAGGCCCGACGAAAGUUUGCGAGAAUUAAAAGUCGAUAAAUUGCAGAAGAAUGGAUUUGAUAAUAGAUUUUAAGGAUAUACGAAAAAUUAAAGAAACAAUAAAAUCUCUUAAUAAGUAAUUCGCAAACAAUUCUGAAUUGUAACGGGGACUUAAAUUCAGUAUCAAUGCGAAUCUUAUGAAUUAAUACUGAGUAAAUAACUGCUAGUGCGAUAGACUUCUAAAAUUUCACACAGAUAAUAUCUAUUUUUUAAUCAAACUUGCGUGUCGUACUUAAGGAAUUUUCGUGGAGGGUCUUAUGGCCAAGUUUCGUCAACGUCGAUUAAAUUUGAAUCCGAAUUAGGAUCCAACGUAAAUCUUUCAAGAAUGUAUGACGAAAUUUAAACGAAAUUUCAGAAAAUCUUAAGAUAUUUAACAGAUUUUUAAAUAAUACAUUUUUCAU